AUGCAGAUCUUCGUGAAAACCCUAACCGGGAAAACAAUCACACUCGAGGUUGAAGCCUCCGACACUAUUGAAAAUGUCAAGGCAAAGAUCCAAGACAAAGAAGGAAUCCCACCGGAUCAGCAGCGACUUAUCUUUGCCGGAAAGCAACUAGAAGACGGCCGCACUCUUUCGGAUUACAACAUCCAGAAAGAAUCAACUCUUCAUCUUGUGCUCCGUCUCCGAGGAGGAAUGCAGAUCUUUGUAAAGACCCUCACUGGAAAAACUAUUACCUUGGAAGUCGAGGCCUCUGACACAAUCGAGAAUGUGAAGGCUAAAAUUCAGGAUAAAGAAGGCAUCCCACCAGAUCAGCAGCGACUUAUCUUCGCCGGCAAGCAACUUGAGGACGGCCGCACUCUCUCAGAUUAUAACAUCCAGAAAGAGUCCACUCUCCACCUUGUGCUACGUCUUCGAGGAGGAAUGCAAAUCUUUUGUGAAAACUUUGACAGGAAAGACAAUCACAUUGGAAGUGGAAGCUUCUGA